AUGAUCUCGAUCACCAUCAACUUCCGCACCCGCGACCUGACCGUGUCCGCCUACAGGCUCUUUGCGGACCCGGCGGAUGCCGACCGCAUCGCCAACAUGUCAUCGUUCACUGUGCUAGGGUUCGACAUCCGGAUCCGCGGCGUGACCGUCCGGGAGAGACUCACUGGCUUGGUCGCAAAGCUCAAGGACAUGAUCGUGGCUGUCUAUGAUCAUGUCACGGACGCGGCUGCCGAACUCCAUCACGACCUCAACAUGGUGUAG